AUUUCCGCGAUAGAGAAAUACCAGUAUCUGCUGGCUUCACUCAAGGGGGAACCACUCAACGUGGUGAAAAACCUGCCGUUUUCCGAUGAGUACUAUCUGAUCGCUUACGACUCGCUGGUCGAUCGAUACCGGAAUAAGAGAAGGUUAGCGGACCAUCACUUGAAUUCGAUAAUCGAGGCAAAGCCAUUGAAGGCGGAGACGGCCGAGGCUCUUCACCACUUAUUAGAUACGUUUACCGAGAACACGCGCGCGCUCGCAUUGAUGAAGUUCCCUACCGAUUCAUGGGACUUUAUCCUACUGAAGUUUUUGUUAGACAAGCUUCCUCGUUCCCUUCGGGAAAAAUUCGAGUCGGCUCACCGGGCUGAGGAGAUACCGCGAUAUACACAACUCACGACAUUUCUAGCGGAGCAUUGUCGGGUUCUCGAGGCCGUCGCGGGCCCGUCCUCCAAAACCAAGUCCACACCGGUCUCUUCGUUCGUGACUAACGCGGCCGAUUGCCCCGUUUGUAAGGAGUCUCACUACGUGUCGAAGUGCUCCCAGUUUUUAAAACUCUCGCCGAGGGAGAGGCAGGCUAAGGCUCGCGACUUGAGAUUGUGCCUCAACUGCCUGCGCUCGGGGCAUGGCAUGAAAGACUGUCCGUCCGCGUGGGCAUGUCGGUCCUGCGGCACAAAGCAUCAUACGCUUCUGCAUUACGAGCAGAGCUCUAAUACUACUCCUAAGCCCGAACCCAUUAGCGCGACUCCUGUCGAACCGGACGCCGUACCCGCUCCUCAGUCGGAGGAUGCGCCGAUUGUAACAAUGACUAGCCUGGCCAAUAGAAUCGUCCUCCUGUCCACCGUACGAGCCGAGGCGAUAGACGCGCGUGGCAAUGCGUUCCCCGUACGCAUAUUGCUGGACAGCGCGAGUCAGGCCAACUUUAUUACCGAGGGCUGCCUCCGGAAGGGCGGCUUUCGUCGCACCAAACACAGUGCAACCGUGUUGGCGAUAAACGAAGCCAGGGCGGCCACGACGAGGGGCCUCACCUCCCUCGUGAUCCGCGCGCGCGGUCGCGACGACACUCGGUUCUCGAUAGAGGCUACGGUCCUCUCGCGCAUAACCUCGCCGCUGCCUAAUGACAAGGUGGAGGUCCAGCCGUGGAAACACUUGAAGGGAUUGCCGCUCGCGGAUCCCGAAUAUUUCGUGCCCGGCGGUGUUGACAUCCUCCUGGGGGCGGACUCGUUUGUGUCGGUGCUACGGGAGGGCCGUCGUAAGGGGGAAAGGGGAGAACCCGACGCCUUCAAUUCAGUCUUCGGAUGGGUUCUGACGGGCGCG